GAAAAAACCUGUGUCCAAAGCGUUGAGAGAGACUGAGAGACUCCAAAAUGCUAUUUGCUCUUCCACUCUCUUGUAAGGUUCUCAAACGGUCACCUUCCUCCUCUCGAUCCACUACUACUACUGCUUCUUCUUCUCCUUCUCCUCCGUUUAGUUUAAGUAAUUGAUUUUCUGUCUGAACUUUCCACCCCUCGUCUCAUCGAAGUUCAUGCAAAUCUGAAUUUCUUUUCAAUCUGAGAAAAAAACUAGGGCUUGCUUCUGCAACUGUUUACAUGUACUGGGGAUUUUCUUUUUUUUGUUGGAUCUGGGCUGACUAUAUAUCCAAAUCUAAGGCCCGUGGGUAUUACUUGAGUACCAGGAACGUAAACGUAGGAGGAGGAUUGAGAACAUUGGACUCAGAUCGAUUUGGGUUUUGAUUUUGGUUAUUGAAGGAUUAAAUUUUCUUUGGACAGUUGCUCAGAGUUCAGGAUUAUAGGUAAAGAGGAUAGCUAUUGAGGAUUUGAGAAUUGGGUGUUAAAUACUGCGAAGAAGCAAAUUGUUGUGACUUGGGACAUUUGUGGUUUCGGGUGGCUGAGAAGAGGUUCUUGUAGUCAUGUUCUAUGGUUCAGUAGUAUGGGACCCUUGGCUCAUUGUUGCCCAAAUUGUUUGUCUUCAAUGCUUAUACUAUCUCACUCUUGGAGUAUUCUUGACAAUGCUUGUUGGGAAUCGUGUGCCACGUAUGAGCCUCGAGUAUUUCUUUGAUUAUGCUACUGUCACUACCUCUACAGUAACUGGGUGGUGUGUCAUUGCUUCGUUUCUGUUCAGCUCGCUUGCAGGAGCUGCAUAUAUGACUUCUCUGAUUGAGAGGGCAAAAAAGUGCUUAGACUUUUCAGCCACUGUUUACAUCACGCAUCUCUUCAUAUGCAUUGUCUAUGGAGGUUGGCCUUCCUCAAUAACCUGGUGGGUUCUGAAUGGUACCGGAAUUGCAGUGAUGGCUUUGCUAGGUGAAUAUCUGUGCAUUAGACAGGAACUGCGAGAGAUUCCCAUUACACGAUACCGUUCAACAUUAAUGAUCACCAUUUGCAUUUGCUCUUCAAAUGGUUUCUCUUACUGUUGGAAAAUGAUGAAGAUGUUUGACUAAUUAGACAAACUGGAUAGGCGAGGACAAGUUUUCUGUAAUGACUGUUUGUUCAAAGUAAUUAGGAGGAUCUCCUACACCAAAUUUAUGAAGUAGUGGAUCUUAUAUGUGAUGAGGAAAACGAGUACCUUCAUCUUUGGAUUCUUUCCUACGCUGCUAGAUGUGAUGGGAGAUGACCUAAGAAAAUAAGAUGGUUUUAAGAAGAUGGGGCAAGAACGAGGGAAAAGAGACUAGGUAUGCAUUGCGUCAAGGAAAUGGUUAAUACUCGUAGGAAGUUUUGGAGGCGUAAUGCAUUUCCAAUUUUUUCAAAAAUGGUUGGAAAUGUGAUUCUUAUUGUGCGCCUGAUAGCAUUUCGGGUUUAAUGUAAUGUUCUUUUAUUUGGUUCAUAUUUUUUAAGAUGAUCAAUUGGAUGAGUUGCCAGUUCCAUUGUGAAAUUGGCCAAACUUUUAUAAUCAUGUGUAGAGUCGAGUAUAUUGAUUCCAAUAUGUGAAAUACUUUAGCUA